AUGUCCUCUUGCGGCGCAAAGGACAUUGGAUGGACCCUCUGGACCUGGGGCCUUGUCAGGCGAGUGGUGAUUCGGAAAUCUGCAAGAGAACAGACGGCCGCCGACCAGGGGAUGGACAAGGAUGGACAAGGAUGGUCGAUUUCACCAAUUUCCCGGCACGAGGUGCGACGUCCCCGGCGCCUGUCUCCCCGUCCAAUGGCAGCCACCAAAGCACCGCCGGCUGCUGACAUAACGCCCCUACCGAGGCCUCCUUUGGGCCUCGCCUAA